UAAACUUAUAUUUAUCAAUCCACACACAAUAUCACCGCCACCAGCAUCAGCAUCAUCAAUUCUUGUUCUUACAACUCAGAAGAUGGAGAACAACUGCGAUUUGGAACUUCGUCUCUUUCCAACAUCUUCUUAUGAUGAGUCAGAUACCUCGGUGGUAGAAUCAAGAAGCUGUGGAAAUUCACUAUCGAAGGAAGAAGAAUCUCAGAGGAUCACAAUUUUCUACAGUGAAAAAAUGUGUGUUUCUUCGAAUGUUGCCCAUCUUCAGGCGAAAUCUAUAAUAUUGAUCGCGAGUAGAGAGAUGGAAGAGAGGUCAUCCUCAAACGGGUCGGAUCCUCGGAACAGGUUGACCCGAUUACAUCAUCAUCAGCUUCCAAAUCCAAAGGCUUCUAUGAAAAGAUCUCUCCAAAGUUUUCUUCAGAAACGGAGGAUUCGAAUUCAAGCAGCUUCACCGUACCAUCAUCAUUCACGACCAUAUUGUUUUUAUUUUGUUUCUCAAUUUUUAUUUGACAUACUUUAGCAGUUUUGUAUUUUGUAUAAGUGAUCCAAAAUGGAAAUUCAGUUGUAUUAUGUUUCUCAUGUCUUGGUAUUAGUGAUGUACUCCCAAUAUGCAUACUAAUACCAAGAUAGAUUUUGAAU